GAUUUAUUCGCAUCUCAUUCUAGGUAUCUUCAAUAUGGCCCGACCAGAAAGAAACGCAUCUCCACGCAGUAUCAGCCGUAUGCCAAUAAAUCGAAUCUCAAUAUGAUUAGACGAAUGAUGAUACCCGUCAACCGCACAACUCCGUACCUUAUCAAGCCGCCAUGCCGCCAUCGCGAGCCGCUUUAUUACUCUGUUGGUCACUAUUCUCUAAAACGGUGCUUCAUUACAACUUCCAUGAAUGCUUUAAAAUCUCAAGCUGGGAAGGUCGAAAGUUAGGUACUUGUAGUGCAUAAAUUCAAUACUUGUUAAGACCCUUUUGCUACCUGUACCGUCUUCGAUAGUUUACAUACUUUACCAGAAGACUAAAGACAAUGCCUAUCAACGUCGCAUUGCUUGGUGGGGGCAUCUUUGCCGUUGAUGCUCACCUUCCCGCUCUGGCAAAGUCUGGUACCCUCGCCUCACUGGAAGCCGUCUGGUCUCGUUCGGAGUCAUCAUCGACCAAGGCCGCUGAAGCAUGGAAAUCUCUUACAGGCCAGGAGGUUACCAAAUACAGCGAGACUGGAUGUGAUAAUUUAGACAAGCUUCUCUCUAGGGAGGAUAUCGAGGCUGUCAUUAUUGCGCUUCCCAUUCUUUCCCAACCCGAUAUAAUUGUAAGAGCCCUCAAAGCCAGAAAGCAUGUGUUAUCAGAGAAACCUGUUUCCCAAGACGUUACUUCAGCAACCAAGAUGCUCAAAGACUAUCAGGAGAACUAUCAAGCCCAAGGUCUUGUAUGGAGGGUGGCUGAGAACUGGGAAGUCGAGCCCGCCCACAUCUUUGCUGCACAAGCCUUGAAGGCAGGUCAUAUUGGAAACCUCAACACUUUCUCCAUCAGCUCUGUCUUAUUCGUCGACAACGAAGACAAUAAGUACUUUGAGACGGAAUGGCGAAAGAGACCUCAGCAUCAAGGAGGUUACUUGCUGGACGCGGGUGUGCAUAACGCCGGUGUUCUUCGUACCGUUCUUCCAUCACCUAUAACCCACCUUUCCGCCCACACAGCCCUCAACAACGAACACUUACCCCCGUACGACUGGUUAUCUGUCAUCACCCGUUCCGAACCUAACAAUAUUCAUGGGCAGAUCUUGAUAGACUAUGGUGCUCGUGGUAGAGAACCUAUGUGGGAGUUGCGGCUGACUGGAUCAGACGGCGAGAUUUAUUCGGAGGACAUAAACGACGAUGGCGUGGAUUCCAUCAAGGUUCAAGUUCGCUCUGGUAAAUUUGGGAGGACAAACAGGGAGAUCAAGAUAUUUCCGAAGACCGGAGUUUACGAAGAGCAGCGACGUUUCUUUGAGGCGAUCGCUGGCAAACCAGAUGAGUAUGGAUCGGUGCAAGGUGCCCUGAAUGAUGUUGCGUUGAUACAAGCUGCUUUGACUUCGAAUGGCAAUGAAGUCGCCCUCAAUAUUCUGAAGUGAUUAAUGCAGAUACGGUUGCAUUUUGGAUGAGGUCUGAGGUGAUUAUUUAGUCAGUAAGAUAUCAGCAAUGUAGCAUGUUUCUGCGGGUAAUGAUA